AUGGGCGCCUCGCCGUCGUCGCCGACCAAGGAGGAGGAGGAGCCGUGCGAGCGGCGGAUCCGGAAGGAGCUGCACCGGGUGUGGGUCGACCCACCGGCGUUCUGCCGGCCCGGCGCGUCGCCGGUAACGGACCUCCUCCACUGGGAGGUCGUCAUCGACGGCCCCGCCGGCAGCCCCUACGCCGGCGGGGCGUUCCCCGUUGACGUCCAUUUCACCGGCGAUCAUCCCUACAAACCCCCCAAGAUCACCUUCAAGACCAAGGUGUACCACCCGAACAUCGACUCGGAGGGGCGCAUGGUCCUGAACAUCUUCCAGAAGAAAUGGAGCCCGGUUCUGACGAUCGAGAAGCUCCUCCUCUCAAUCGUCUCCGUCCUCUACGACCCCAUGCUCAACCGUCCGAUCAACGGCCAUAGCGCCCGUCAGUACAAGAGAGACGUCAAGCUGUACGAGAGGACGGCCAGGGCGUGGACCCGGAGUUACGCCUCCACGCCGGUCGCCUCCUGCCAAAUUCCUCACUUUUCUGAAUUCUACCGCGUAGCUUUAGCUAAUCUGGAGGUUGUUACGUUCUGUCACAAGCCACAUCCAUCUUGA